AUGGGUCUUUUCAACAAGAAAUCCGAUGGCGAUGACGAUUCCAACCGCCGAGCACUCUUUGGGCGGAAGAAGGACAAGAGCCCGGCCACCCCUGCCAACCCUUACGCCCAACCAAUUCCAGUAGACCCAUACACCAAGGCCAAGAUCGGAGCCGGUGUCGCCCCCUUGCCUGCCGACCACCCUGCCGCCAACGGCGGCCCCGCGUCGCAGAGCCCCCACAACAUCCCCUCCGACAACAAGUACUCCGGCUACUCUGCCAACAAAUAUGGCAGCCAGGGUGGUUACGGAAGUGACCGAUUCGGUGGAUCCGGCGCAGGCGUCGGCUCCCCUGCCUCAGGCGCUGGCUCCGGCUCACGCUACGGAACCGGUGGCUACGGUGGUCUCGGCAGCUCUGACCCCAACGACCCCGCGGCGGCGGACGCAGCUCGCAGUGAGCUAUUCAGUGGCGCCAAGCGCACCCCCGACAACUCGGGCGGUAACCCGCCGCCAUACUCCGAGGGCCAGGGUGGUCAAGGUGGACAGCCCAACUACGGUGGCGGCAGCAACGAGUACAGCAUGGCGACCUUCCAGGACCGUCAAUUGACAGCGGAAGAGGAAGAAGAGGAAGAGAUCCAGGCUACGAAGAACGAGAUGCGAUUCGUGAAACAGGGUGAUGUGGCGUCUACGCGGAACGCGCUCCGAGCAGCUGCUCAGGCUGAGGAAACUGGUCGCGCGACGCUGGCCCGACUAGGCGCCCAGGGAGAGUCGAUCCACGAUACCGAGAAGAGCCUGGAUAUGACUACGAUCGAGGGUCGCAUUGCGGAGGAGAAGGCUAAGGAACUCAAGACUCUCAACAAGAGCAUGUUCGCCGUGCAUGUCGCGAACCCAUUCACUGCUUCCCGACGUCGGCGCGAGCGUGACGAGAAGGUUCUCAACACUCACCGCGAAGAGCGGAACAUUCGCGACGGAACUCGGUCCGAGGCACAUGGUACCAACCAGCGCAUGGACCGCGUGUUCCGUGAUAUCGACCGUGAUGCCGCAAAGCAGGGCAAGGGCAAGAAGGCCAGUGUCACGGAGCGUGCCAAGUAUCAGUUCGAGGCGGAUAGCGAAGAUGAGCAGAUGGAGGACGAGAUCGAGCAGAACUUGGAUCUGCUUGGUGGUGCUACUGGCCGUUUGAAUGGUCUUGCCAAGGCCACUGGCAAGGAGCUUGAUGAGCAGAACCGCCACUUGGAGCGUAUCACAGGCAAGAGCGACUUUGUCGACGACCAGAUUGCUAUGAACCGCGCCAAACUCGAUCGCAUUCACUAG